AUGGAACAACCGUGUUCGACAUCCAAAGUAACCGUUGAGUAUUUCGAUCCUUACGGGCUCUACAAGCUUAUCGCCCCAGGGCUAGUUUCGCGGUUGCCCUUGCGCCACCUCCAUUGGCAGUCUCAUUCGGGCCCUCUCCGAUCCAUCGACACCCUCCAUGUCGAGCUGGUAGCUGCUGGCUCGCCUUUACGACCCCAAUCCUCAACGCAAGACAAAACUGGAAAACAUACGAGUAACCUAGCAUCCAAAUCCACUGCUGUGGAUGAUGGGUUUCAAACCGCCACCUUUGGCGGACGAGGCGUCUCUGUUGAGGACGAUGUUGCCGCCGCCGCCGUCACAUCCCAAGCACCGACGGCAAAAGAGCGGCGACACCAGAUUCCUGGUCUACGCCAAACGCCCUACUUGAAAGUUCUGCUUAUGAGAUGCGACAGCAAUGAUAGCUACAAAUCUCAGACACGAUCCGAAAUUCGCGAAUGGAUCAAGCAACAUACAGCACAAGCCGGAAAGAAGUCGAGUGUAGCUGAGAACCAUGACGCUUUUGAAUGGAUGAUUGUCCAUGUGGUUAUCCCAAAUUCUGCAGCGUACACGCAGCCCCGGACAAGCAAGCAGUCCGACGGCUCGGCAACAGAUCUCACAACCAAAUCUUCGUCCCGAUGGGGCAAAAGCUCUACCACAAUUCUAGAAAAGCUUCGGUCAGAUUUCAACAGCAGUAGUGGGAGUAAGAUAAUGGACCGGGUUGCACAGAUUCGUAUCGGGGUCAACGACUUUCCUUUCGAGCUAUUGCCACUCGUCGUAUCGGCCGUCCCCGGUGGUCACGCAGAGACGGAGAAGGAGUCACAGAACGCGUGGUUGGACUUAAUCGACAAGUUCAAAGCUCUAAUUCUGUCAAGUUUCGACGCUCGGGUCUCUCAGUACGAAGAAGACAUUCGAGAAAAAGACUUGCAGCGAAUGCUCCCGGGAUGGAACUUCUGCACGUUUUUCAUACUCAAGGAGGGCCUUGCCCGCGGAUUCGAAAGUGUCGGCUUGGUUGAAGAUGCGCUCGUUGGCUAUGACGAGCUCAGCGUUGGUUUGGACGCUGUCAUCAAGGAGCAGGAGACCAACGUCCGUACCGCGGACGUUCACGGCGGUUCUCUGCUGAAGUAUACCGAAGACUUGUUAAAACUUGCCCAGGGGCAAGCGUCAGCUACCACUGUUAGAAGAGGUUCCGAAUCUGUUGACGAAGAACCUGUCGAUCUGCAGUCAAAUGAUGAUGGUAUUCUCAGUGACAAUGAGGCUGACCAAGUUGACGACAUUCCGAUUAGCUCAACGAAAAAGGCUUACCGCGAACUCAUUCUUGCCAACAACGUAUCUGUUUUCGACUUCCGUUGCUACAUAUUUUCUCGACAGAUAUCCCUCCUUCUACGAUUAGGAAAUGCUUGGUCAACACGCGAAGAGCUUCUUAUGAGAUUGAGAAGUCAACAGGACUCUGUUCUUCCUACAGCAACGCCCCAUACAGCUAGGUCAAAGUCGCCCGACGAAUCAGAGAACCUGGCCAUGCUCGCAGAAAUUUGUAGAAGGGCGUUGGAGUUUAUACCUGCCCUGUCUCAAGUGAUGCGAGAGGACCUUUUGUACGCUAUUUCUCCAACUACCACUGGAGCGAGCUCGGCUGGCUCUGUGCCGGACGCUACAACAGCGCUUCAAACACUCUCGAUUGAGGUGGUGGAUAACAUGGUGGCAUCAUACGCGUUUUCCAUUGCGCAGCAAAUUUUAGCGCAGACGGCAUCGAAAUCGUUACCCACUCCUCCUUCCACGUUGGGCACAUCUAACGACGAGGCAGUUGCCACAAACCCGGAAGCCCAAAGAGAUGUGCACCCAGUGAGGUUAUCUUCUCUGCACACCAACAGUUAUGGAAUAACCCGAGGCCCACCCAGCCCUGGUGUAUUUCCUGGACCUGGAUUACCGAAAGACCCAAACCCCGACGAAGGUCCGCACUUUCUCAAGAUUGGACUAGAAGAAUUGGCAGCACGUCGUGCGGAUCUGUUUAUGCUUUCUCGCGGAAUUUUGGAAGAGAGAGGGAAAAAGGUGGGCUGGGCCGAUGGAUGGGUAUCAGCACCAGCUAUCGGUGAAACUAGCGUUGGAGUUUUGGAGGAUAUCGAUCUUCACGACACCAGAGGAAACGAUGCAAGUGGUGAUGGCGAUGCUGCUUGUGUCGAGUUGCAAGUUGCAAGGGAUGAGUCUUCAUCUAAACCAACUGCGCUUGCUGGCAUCGUCAACGCUCUUUUGCGCACUGCGCUCAACAGUCAAGAUUCCUUUUACAGAUUGUAUGAGACACUCACCGACAAGGCACUUCGGCACUACACCGUCGCUGGAAACGCCCACUCGGUUCAUGCAAAUCUCGCCGAUUUGGCGGUCUUGAAGUAUCACUUAGGGGACUUCCCGUCUGCCGCGUCCUACUUUUACGAAACUACGCCGUUUUUCGGUGGAAGUAGCUGGAAUCUUCUUGAGCUGUCCAUGCUUGUCAUGUAUUCAUGCUGUUUGAAAGAAAUGGGACGAAAGGACGAAUACGCGUGGCGGCUGCUGAAACUCCUUUCAAAAGCUGCAGAGGCAGAAAGGGACAGGAUCGCUCAGCAGGCUUCAAUCAGCCCUGGGGGUAUACAAGGAAGUAAGUUUAUUGAUAUAGCCUUGCUACAGGGCUAUCUCCCUGAGCUGCUUAGCGCUUCUUGCGAGCUCAAGAAGGAGAUGCGUGUCCCUUUAACCAAUUUUUUCAACAUCUUCGAGGUCGUGGGAGCACCUGCCUACACUGAAAAGCAGGACAACUUCGCGCUUGUUUUACAAUACCACAGCUUGCUGCCAGAUGCUCUACCAGUUGACCAUGUUCGAGUCCGCAUGCUAUGUGCGUCGAGUAGUGGGCAGCCUCGUGACAUUUGGCUGGAGACCAAAGAACCACUGCGCCUCCAACCUGGAAAUGGAACAUUUCGCAUCUACAGCAAUACUGUUACUCCUGGCAUGUAUGUCAUUGAUCAAGUGCGCCUAGCAAGCAGCAAUGUUGUCAUCGCACAUGAACGCCAACCGGCGAAUGCCGAUGCCAGUAUUUUCAAAGAGCCUCAUGUCAUUGUAUAUCAAAGGACAAGCGCAUUUGAUGUCCAACUGAACACGUCAAAGGCCCUUCAGCUAGACAGAAACAACCACUUGGAGGUUGAGCUCCUCGCAGGAUGGAAUGAGAUUACGCAAUGCGAACUCCACAUACGCGCAGCUACAGGUGGUCUGCGCCUCAUCACAUCUGAGUCCCAAGUUGUCGGUUCGCAGCAUUCCUUUUUCAGCCCGGCGAAAGGUGGUGUUGUCACUUUCGGCUCGAUUGGUGCGGGAACAAGUGCCAAAAUCACGUUUCCCUUCUCUAUUGAGCAAGACGUUCUCGACCUGUGCGUAAAAAUCGAUGUCAGCUACACCACGGAGCACGGCGUGUUCAAACUGUCAAAAUGCCCGUCUGUCACCACGGCUCUUGCUCUCGGCGUCAAUGUACAGGAUGUCUUUAAGCACAACUUUUUGUUCUCUCGCUUUACCGUCUCCACGGCCACAGCUAGCCCUCUACGACUACUUCGAAGCGAAUUGCUCGAUUCCGACCUUUUCUCGUCUGAGUUUGGAACCUCCCCGGAAGUGCCACCGAUAGUGUUUCCCAAGCAGCCAGCCAGUUUACUCUACAGGAUAACCCGCAAAGUAUCUUCCGCGGCAAGCAAGAACUUGAAAAAGAGCAUGCAAAUCAAGCUCCAUUACAGCAUUAUUCAAGACGAGAUUGAUGAGCAGCUCGAAUAUUCGCUCACUGAAGCUUUCCGGGGCACAGAUGCAUCCAUUUACGAGUUCUCCAGGGUAGCCGUUUCGUGUGUCCUACAGCAUAUGCAUUCCUUUCUCUCGCCAUCUGAUUUGGAAAGAAUCGUUCUUCUGGGCGAGCUUUCCACCUCAUUCAUUGGCGGCGUGGAUUGGGACCUUAAAUUCCCGGGUCUAGGAAGUGACAGUGCUGGAGUAGAUUUGAAAGAGCAGCUUUCUUCGACAAUUCGAGGAUGGCAAGCGAUGACUCCGGUCAUUUUCCUCUCGCAGAAGUCGGCUCUGAGAAAAGCACGUACCAUUCUUAUCCCUGUCGACAUACCUAGUGUGACCAUUGUCCACACUGCAGACAUUCGACUAAAGCAACCCCUUGCCUCAUCGUUGGUAACUCGGCACAAUAGUGAAAUUGUUGCCUCUUUAUCCAGACUAGCAACGCCAAUGUUUUGCGUCAAUCAACUUCUGCCCGCCACGCUUCAUCUUAAGUGGACGCGGUCGUGGGAUACCGCUGACAUCGGGGCACAGCCAUCAGGGAAAACAGAAUCUCAGGCUUCCGAGGACCUGGAGUUCAGUUUCGAAGUGACAGCGCCAACGGAUACGUGGCUUAUUGGCGGCCGGCGAAAAGGUCAUUUCAUUAUACCAGCUUCAAAUCACACAAGAGGCAUCGGAUUGACGUCUACUCCGGAGUCUGAAGCAGCCAUUCCGCUGACACUGAUACCGCUUCGAGAAGGAUGGUUGCCUUACCCAAGCGUGGAAAUUCGUGAGGUUCACAGCAGUGAUGCCUCUGGCGUCUAUACGGGUACGGGCCAGCGCGGACCAUCCGAGGCGUCUCACGAUCCUCUUCAGAAUCGACAUCACUGUGAGACUGACUAUCGCAACCUGGGUGAGACUGUUCACAUUGUAGCCGAUCGCAAGCGCGUGACGCUGAGUUUGGACGCUAGCGGUCCUGGCGGCGGUCCAUUGGUUCUCGAAAGUGAACGGCCUGGUAUCGUUAGCAGACUGGCAGUGUGA